AUGUAUUCACUUCUAAAAGAAACGAAAACCUGUCAAGUAUGCAAGAUAUCAUUCCCAAAUGGAAGAGCUUUAGGAGGUCACAUGAGAUCUCACACUCAGAAACUCUCUGCAUCAAACGCAGAAUCAGCAACUGGCUCGACCAUUCCAUCACAACAAACAUCCAACAAACUCGGAGCAAAGUUUAGACGACCUCUCGAAACAGUUUUGAUGAGAUCUGUCCACACUAGCACUGAAGUUGGCGCUUGUCCGAAACCAGAUCUUAAGACAGAAGAAGGUGGACAACGUCAAAUAACUGGCAAGAGAAAGGUCGUUGUGGAUUUAGAAGAUUCGUCAGAGUCUGACAGCUGUUUAACUGACGAAGAAGGUGCUUUAUGUCUUGUAGCGAUGUCUGAAGGGAAGAGGCCAGAAAAUUGUCAGAAGCCAAAAGCUAUUGAUCGACGUUUGGUAUCAACUCAAAAAGGAAAAGAAAAAUAUGAGCAUGUUGCUAAUCUUCUCACUUCAAAUGUGGGAACCAUAGCAGAAGACCACGAUGAUGAUGAUGAUGAUGAUGGUGGUGAUGUUGAUGAUGGUGAUGAAACGUAUAAGGUAGAGACAGAGAAAAAGUGUAAGAAGAAAUAUAAGUGUGAUACAUGUGGAAAAGUUUUACGUUCGUAUCAGGCAUUAGGCGGUCAUCGAACGAGCCACAGAAACAAACGAUUGAAGCUUUGCGAGAAGAAUGACCAAGCCGUGAAACCGGAAAAUGGGCUAGUGGUUCGACGACAUUACAAGUGUGAUAUUUGUGACAGAGUGUUUGAGUCUGGUCAAGCACUUGGUGGUCACAAGAAGGUUCAUUAUUUGUUUCUUAAACCAAGUAAUUAA